CAAAAGAGGUGGGCUCCCUCUGAUGAACGCCCGGAUCCCUCACACACGUGCCAAAGAUUGUACCACACAUUCACAUGUCAUCAGCUCUCCUCAGUAGUAUAUUAUUAAUCACUGAGAUCAAAAACCCAUGACCAAAGGUUAAUACAUUUUAUCCACUAAUCUAUCCGCAGCUUCUCUUCAUAAACAGCUGUUGCAAAACCCAAGACCUCACGAGCAUCCAAAAAAGAAAAGAAAAGUAAAACAAAUCCCCAUUAAAAAAAAAUAUAAACAAGAUCCAUCUUCUCAACACUUCCAUACAUAUAACUCUACUUCUUUCACCACUUCAACUGCAGAGAAAGAAAGAAGAAAAUGGCAGACGAAAACUAGCGAAGGAGAACGAAAGGAAAAGCAAACAAACAAUGCCCAUCCAUUUACUUCUCCUCUUCUUCUCUUACACUGCCAUUUCUCUUCUCUUUACAGAUGGAGCUCCAGCUCCAGCUCCAGCUACACCUCUGCCCAUCAACGGCAGUGAUGAAUCGGCAGCCCUGCUAUCGAUCAAAGCAAGCCUCAUCGAUCCAUUGGAUCAUCUUCAAGAUUGGGAGAGACCCAUCAACCGGUCCCACUGUAAUUGGACCGGUAUUUCCUGCAAUGCAAUGGGCGCCGUUGAACGGUUGGAUCUCUCGCACAUGAACCUUAGCGGCCUAGUCUCCGAAGACAUCCAACGCCUCCCCAGCCUCGCUUUCCUCAACAUCUGCUGCAAUGCGUUCUCUUCAUCACUGCCGAGAUCUUUAUCCAAUCUCGUCUCGCUACGGAGCGUCGAUAUCAGCCAGAAUUCCUUCGUGGGAGCUUUCCCGGUGGGCCUUGAUCUGGCGGCGGGGCUCUCGAGCAUAAAUGCAUCCGGAAACAAUUUCUCCGGAUCUCUUCCGGAGAGCUUGGCGAAUGUGACUUCGCUGGAGAGCUUAGAUCUUCGCGGAAACUUCUUCCAAGGUACGAUCCCGACGGUCUAUAAGAACUUGCAGAAAUUGAAGUUCUUAGGUCUGUCCGGUAAUAAUCUCGCCGGGCGGAUUCCGGGCGAAUUAGGUGAGCUUUCGUCUCUUGAAACUAUUAUAAUUGGAUACAAUGAAUUCCGAGGAAGUAUCCCUGCGGAAUUCGGGAACUUGACGAAUCUUCUCUAUCUCGAUAUGGCGUUGGGCAAUCUCAACGGCAAGAUUCCUGCCGAGUUAGGGAAGCUUACGCGACUCCGAACGGUUUUCCUAUACAAGAACAAUCUUGAAGGGGAGGUUCCGUCAGAGAUCGGGAGCAUGACGUCGUUGGUGGAGCUGGAUCUUUCCGAUAAUCUGUUAUCAGGGGCGAUCCCGAUCAAAUUAGCUCAGCUGAAAGAUCUUCAGCUGCUGAGUCUGUUCUGUAACCAGUUCACAGGUCCGAUUCCGUCAGGAAUCGGUGAGUUGACUCAGUUAGAGUUGGUAGAAAUAUGGAAUAACUCAUUCACCGGCGCAUUGCCAUUCGAUCUGGGACGGAAUUCGCCAUUGCAGUCUUUGGAUGUAUCGUCGAAUUCAUUCACCGGGAGUAUUCCGGCUGGGUUAUGCAAUGGCGGGAAUCUCACGAAGCUCAUCCUCUUCAAUAACAGCUUCUCUGAUGAAAUCCCGGUAGGUUUAUCAUCGUGCCGUUCGUUGGUUAGAGUACGGAUGCAAGACAAUCGCAUUUCGGGAAUAAUCCCAGUGGGAUUCGGAAAGCUACCGGAUCUUCAACGGCUGGAAUUGGCAUCGAAUAAUCUGACCGGUGUAAUACCAGACGACAUUGCUCUCUCAACUUCACUUGCUUUCAUUGAUCUCUCACACAACCACCUUCAAUCAUCUCUCCCAUACAACAUUCUCUCGAUCCCCAAUCUUCAGAGCUUCGCUGCAUCUGAUAACAACCUAACAGGCGAGAUCCCAAAUCAGUUCCAGGACUGCCCUUCGCUGGCGGUACUCGAUCUGUCAAAUAACGAUCUCUCCGGUAAAAUACCGGCGAGCCUCGCCUCCUGUGAGAGGUUGGUGAAUCUGAAUCUGCGCAACAACCAACUCAACGGAGAAAUCCCUACUGCAAUCGCAACGAUGCCGACGUUAGCGAUUCUUGAUCUAUCCGACAACAAGCUUACAGGCAUUUUACCGGAGAAUUUCGGAAGCUCACCUGCUCUGGAAAUGCUCAAUGUAUCUUACAACAAGCUAAUCGGUCCAAUUCCGGCCAACGGGAUGCUCCGGACUAUAAAUCCAGAUGAUCUUUCCGGCAACCUCGGCCUCUGUGGCGGUGUUCUUCCACCAUGUUCUUUGAAUUCUGCAGUGGUUUCAUCAAGGCAAAGGAAGGUUCACAUCAACCACAUUAUCGCUGGGUGGGCCAUCGGGAUCUCAGCCGUCCUAGCUAUCACGAUGGCUGCAAUGGGAGGGCGGUGGCUAUACAGAAGGUGGCGAUUGAACGGCAGUUUCUGCACAGAGAAGUUCGAUUCCGAAAAUGGAGAAUGGCCAUGGAGAUUGACGGCAUUCCAAAGACUGAAUUUCACCAGCAGUGAGAUAUUAUCUUGUAUAAAGGAAUCGAAUGUGAUCGGUAUGGGUGCAGCGGGGAUAGUCUACAAGGCGGAGGUGCAACGGCUACAUUCGGUGGUGGCGGUAAAGAAGCUUUGGCGAGCUGCUACAGAUGGGGGUGCCAAGGAAGGGGCGGAUUUCAUUAAUGGAGAGGUGAAUUUGCUGGGGAGGCUUCGGCAUCGGAAUAUAGUAAGGCUUCUUGGAUAUUUACACAACGAUACUGAUACGAUGAUGGUGUAUGAGUAUAUGCCGAAUGGGAGCUUGUGGGAAGCAUUGCAUGGGCCGCAAGCGGGUCGGAUGCUCGUUGAUUGGGUGUCGAGAUACAAUGUCGCGGUGGGGGUGGCUCAGGGUCUGGCCUAUCUCCACCAUGACUGCAAUCCACCGGUCAUACACAGAGAUGUGAAAUCGAAUAAUAUUUUGUUGGAUGGGAAUCUAGAGGCUAGGAUCGCUGAUUUUGGGUUGGCACGGAUGAUGAUCAAGAAGAACGAGACCGUGUCUGUUGUCGCUGGAUCCUACGGCUACAUCGCUCCAGAAUAUGGUUACACAAUGAAGGUGGACCAAAAGACGGAUAUAUACAGCUUUGGAGUGGUUCUCAUGGAACUCCUCGCUGGGAAGAGGCCGUUGGAGCCGGAAUUCGGCGAUUGCAUCGACAUUGUCGAAUGGGUCCGCUGGAAAAUACGCAACAAUAACGGCAUCGAAGCGCUCGAUCCGAACAUGGGCCCACAGUGCAAGCACGUGCAGGAAGAGAUGCUACUGGUCCUUAGGAUCGCACUCGUGUGCACGGCCAAGUUCCCCAAGGACAGGCCAUCCAUGAGGGACGUACUAACCAUGUUGGGGGAGGCUAAGCCUCGGAGAAAAAGCAGCAGCAGCAACAACAAUAGUAACAACGACAACAAAGAGAGGCCGGUCUUUAGCACUUCACCUGUAUCAGGCCUGCUGUAGUUGUUUUUAUUGUAUGUAGUUUUAUUGUUAUUAUUUUGUAUCAUGGAAUAUCGAUGUAGGCAUGUCGCCUGAGUAGAGAUGGAUGCAUAUAUGGUGUUGGAUUCUUCUUCUUUUUUUCUCAGAUGGAUGAAUUUCCAAUUUUGUAA